AAGUUUUACUGGUUUUCAGAUUUCAUACAGGUUGUGAGGAAUUUAUCCCUAACCAUGUCGGGCUCAAACCAAAGCAUAGACACAAACUGCAUGAGCCUUACUAGAUGGGUUUUGGCAGAACAACGAAAAUACCCGUCCGCUAGUGGAGAUUUAACUCAGCUGUUAGUUAGCAUUCAAACUGCUGUGAAAGCAAUUUCUUCUGCCGUGAGAAAAGCUGGCAUUGCUCAUCUGUACGGCAUGGCGGGGGACGUGAACGUGCAGGGCGAAGAGGUGAAGAAGCUUGACGUGCUAGCUAACGACCUCUUCAUCAACAUGCUGAAGGCUUCCUUUUCUACGUGCCUACUCGUGUCUGAGGAGAACGAGACUGUCAUCGAGGUCGAGGUGGAGCGCCAGGGCAAGUACGUGGUGUGCUUCGACCCUCUGGACGGCUCCUCUAACAUCGACUGUCUCGUGUCCAUCGGCUCCAUCUUCGGUAUCUACAGACGCUCCAGCGAAGGCACUCCGUCGGUGAGCGACGCGCUGCAGCCCGGCCGUAAUCUGGUGGCCGCUGGCUACGCCCUCUACGGCUCCGCUACGAUGAUGGUUAUAUCCAUCGGCAACGGCGUCAACGGCUUUAUUAUAUUCACCAGCAUCGGGGAGUUCGUACUGACUGAUCCUAACAUGAAGAUCAAGGAGAAGGGCAAGAUUUACAGCCUCAACGAGGGAUAUGCGAACCUCUGGGAUGCUGCCGUCUCCGAGUACGUCUUGGAGCAGAAGAAAAAGAAGGCUGGUGGCCGCUACAUUGGUUCUAUGGUAGCAGACGUUCACCGCACCAUCAAGUACGGUGGUAUCUUCAUGUACCCUGCCACGGCUGACGCGCCUAAGGGCAAGUUGAGGCUGCUGUAUGAAUGCAACCCCAUGGCCUACAUCGUUGAGAAGGCGGGUGGGGUUGCCACCACGGGGAAGACCCCAGUGCUGGAUGUGGUCCCCACCGCCAUCCACCAGCGCAUCCCCAUAUUCCUGGGGUCCAAGCUGGACGUCCAGCAGAUCAUCGACCUUUAUAAGAAACACGGUAUCUAGGAUACGACUCUGUGGCAUCGUUAAUAAGAAACACGGCAUCUAGAAUACGACAUUGUUGAUAAGAAAUACGGCAUCUAGGAUACGACAUCGUUGAUAAGA